AUGAGACAAAGAAAAUAUUUUUAUACUAUAAACAAUACAUCAAAAUCACCAAGGCCAAGCAGCUCUUCUAUUUCAAAUCAAACUCCUUACAUGAGAGGAAGCUCUAACGCUACAACCAAUACUACCAUGCCUCCAGCUUCUCCACUGCCAUCUGACAACAUAGUGCCGAAUAGCAAUCUUAUUGCAAGUAACAACAAAGUCUCCACCCCAAGUACCCCUUCUCGUUUAUCUAGAUACAAUCCUGGUUUACCAAGAAGUAGGUAUAAUGGUAGCUCAGGGUCAACAAGGCCUUUUACUACAGCAGUGAGUGAUUUUGCUCCCAAUAAUGCCCCUAUCACUAAUACAACUAAUGGUUCAACUAAUAAAAAACAUGACAUUCUACCUGAAAAAAAAGGUAGUCUGGAUACCUAUGAAACUAAUGAUGAUAAAAAAAGUAACAGUAGUGGUGCUAGUAGUAGUGCAUCCAGAUGGUCUGGUUCUAAACAUCCGCUUGAAGGAACCAGUUUGACUCAACAAUCUCCUGUAGCGUCAACAUCUCAUUUAACUACCAAUGGUAAUGCAAAUUUUAUAACCAGUAAUAUAGAAAGUUCAAAUUCAACUAUUAUUGGUCCUUCAAGAGCUCCAAGUAGUAGCAAUAACAACGAAACUAGACCUUCUAGCAGAUAUAAUAAAAAGCAAGGACUGGUUUCUUACGGCCCUAAAGCAACUGCGGAUGGCCUGCAAAGUAUAGUUUCUUCAAAGUUAAAAAAAAAUGCAACAUUAGUCACUUCCGCCACGUCAUCACCAAAGGUUGUAUCCUCUCCAGUAACACCCGUAAAUAAUGAAAAGGUGAGUAAUUCUGAAUCGUAUAGAGGUUUAUCUAUUACUGGGGGCGAUACAUACAUUCCAGAAAAUAGUACUAUUAGUAGCAACGUUUUUUCCUCAAAGAGCACUGCCAAAAUAGCCCAUAAUAUUAAUCAUCCUCACCACCGUGUUCAUAUGUCAAACUUAAUUUCUUCUAGACCACCAUAUAGAGGACGUGGCGCAAGAUAUUUUUCAUCAUUAAACUCAUACUAUAAAGAUACUCCAUAUUACCUAAAUGAGGGAAGAAAAAAACCUAAACCGAGUUUACUUUCCAGUAAACCACCGUAUAAAGAUAGUUAUGUGUCGUCACCAUAUUCUUCCAACUCCUCUUCUUCAUCCUUGCCGAUAAAUGAUGGUUUGACAUCGAAAAGAGAGUCUGCAAAGUUAUCAAACAUCGAUAACAGUAAUGCCAAAGAUAACAGCAAUGAGGAUAAAAAAAUUAACAAAGAGAUGGAAAAUUCUGUUAAUAUCGAUGAUGUUUCCAAAAAUUACAACAGAGCCGAUACAGAUAUGCUAAAAGCACCCAAAAAACCAGAAAUAAUUAAGGGAAAAAGUGAUGAGUACAGUGAUGAUGACUCUGACGAGAAUUCAUAUGAUGGAGGUGUUGAGGAAUCCAAAAACAAUGAAACAGAUAAAAAGCGUUAUCAUCUAGAAAGGGGAACUGAAAUACCAGAAGGGGGAAAUAAAAAUGAAUAUAAACAUAAAGUGGAAGAAACCUCUUCUUUGAAAAACACUGUUUCGCAAAUAGGUGAAGAUGGUGGAAAAAUGUUUUUUUACGAAGACCCACUAAAAACGCAAGUACAUAUACCACAAUUGUCAAAAGAAGAAACUGGGUAUCCCGAACCUUUAACUCCAGUGGAAGGCUGUAUUUUUCCUAUGCGUGAACCAGAAAUGAAAUUAUGGCUGUUGAAAAAUAAUAAGAGGCAAUUUAUUAUUGCUAAGCAGGAGUAUCUUUUGAAAAAUCCAAUAAAACAUCUAUCCGAGUAUCCAUUUUUUGAAAAGUUACUUGUAAUUAACAGACAAGCCGUUCAACCUGUAUUGCUUAAGAAUAUUUCCAAAUUAAAGGAAUAUGAAUAUUUUAAAACACUAAAAUUGAGGCAAAAAUACGUUGCUUUUGAUAAGGAAUGGAGAGGGAUUUGUUCCGAAUUGGAUGAAAUUAGUGAAAAUAUGAAGAAUGACGAGGAACAUGCUAAAGCAAGUAAAUCAGAAGAUGCGGAUAUCAAUGGUGAGAAGGAGGAGGAGGAGGAGGAGGAGGGAAAGGAGGAGGAGGAAAAAGAGGGGGAAAAAGAAAAGGAGAAGGAGAAAGAGAAGGAGGAUGAGGGGGAGGGAGAGCUAAAAAGCACUCGGAAUGAAAGCAAUUUUGAUGGCGCAAAUAAUUCUCGCAGGAAAAAUGGUUUUGGUUUUAACAACAAAAGUAGUAUUACAAAUCAUUCAAAUGACCAUAAAACAGAUGUAAAAAAUGAUACAAAUGAUAAUUAUAGAAGUAGAAGAUGGAGAAAUAGAGCGGAUUUUGUGGAUGACACCGAUAUUGAUAAAGUAUUAAGUGAAUUAGAUCCCGUAUAUAGGCAUCAUCAAUUGGCUGCUGUUAUUCCACCAAUGUUUCUAAAUCCUGUGGAAAAAUAUUCAGUUAAAUUUUUAGAUGUUAAUAAUUUAGUGACUAAUAAAGAUGAGUGGAGCAGAAGAAUGAUUACUGAUGGUAUUGAUACUUUUACUGAAAAGGAACACGAAAUGUUUGUUGAAGGGUUCUUAAGCUAUCCUAAAAGAUUUGGUAAAAUAUCGCAUUAUAUGUAUGGUAUUAGAACACCAGAGGAAUGUGUUUUACAUUAUUAUUUAACCAAAAAGAAAAUAGAUUAUAAGGCAUUAAUUGCUGAAAAGAAUAAAAGGCGGAAGAUACAUCAUAAUGUCAACUCUAGUUCUGGGAAAUCUCGCCGUAAUGUAGGUGGGGCUAAUAAUAAGAAGGCAAAACAUGAAGUGAGGGAAGAAAUGAAAUAUAGUUUGUCCAAUGAGAAAUUUGAGAAAGAGAAAGAAAAUGGAAAGGAACGGGAGGGUGAGAAGGAAGAGGAGAAAGAAAAAGAAAAAGAAAAAGAAAAAGAAAAAGAAAAAGAAAAAGAAAAACAGAAUGUUGAAGAUUCAUCCAAAGAUGCCGAUAAAUGCUUGGUGAAGGUUCCAUUUAAGUUACCACAAGAUGCUACAGGUGAGGAAUCCGCUUUGAAUCCCAUUGAAAAACAAUUAUCGGAGAAUAAUCUUGAGGAAGCAAAAAAAUUACUUGUGAUGAGAAAGGGGGAGGGUAGCAUUGAAAAUAUGGACGGUAAUGCUGAUCAACUUAAGGAACAAGUUUUUAACGAGGCGACAAUUAAAACAAUGAAAAAGACAAAGAAGGAGCUAGUUGAGGAAACAAAGGAAACGUACGAGGAAGAACAAGUGAUAAUGGGGAAUCCAAAGGAAAUAUCUGAAAAAGUACACACAGAAAUAAAUGGGAAAGCACAGGAGGAAAUACAGGAGGAAAUACAGGAGAAAGUAUACAAUAAGGCACAGAAUGAAAUGGACGGAGAUAUACAACUUAGAGCAAGGGAAAAGAUACCGGAGAAAGAGCAAAGGGAAACCAACAAUAAAUUAAGCGAUGAAUCACCAUCUUUUCAUAUACAAUAUGAGGAGAAGGAAAUUAACAAAGCUAUAAAGGAGCCACAAACUUUAAUCACUGAUAAUUCCACUACUCAGAAAUCUUCCGUAGCAGUAAAUAGCAGUCUUACAGAAAUUGAGGAAUCAGCAGAAAAAGAAAUCCAAAAAGAGACAAAGAACACUGAUGUAGAUACAGCAAACUUAACUAGAGUGUCAGAUAAGGAGAAUACAUCCUUAGAAAAAACUUUACCAAGUGUUAAUACCGUUAUUAACUUUGAAAAUUAUCCAACUACAAAUGUGGAGGAAGGAAAUAUCAAUUCCAUGAAGCGGAAAUUGAAGGAAACACUGGAGGAAGACACGCAGGAUGAACAACACGAGUCCGAACAAGAAUUCACAGCAACUCGUUCUAAAUCACGCGAAAGAAGUGCAUCCCCUUCCGUAGACGUGUCGGGAAUAACGGCGGUCAAACAUAAGAAACAGCAUCUUGCUGGCAGAUCUAGUUACUGGAGUGUUUAUGAGGCCAAUUUAUUUCCCAGCUUAUUGCUAAAACAUGGUACCAAUUGGGCUGCCAUUGCUGAAGAAAUCGGUACUAAAUCUGUGACUAUGGUCAAAAAUUUUUUCCACAAAAGAGCUAACGAUGAUAAUGGAUGGAGAGCACUUGCAGAAAAAGCUAAUGCAACUAAGAACAUUCCACUUCAACAAGAAACAGAUCAAAAUGGCAUCCAAUUCACUACAUCAGUUCCCACCACUACUAGUGCCAAUUCUGUCCCACUGCCUAUUUUUGCCGCUGAUGGUAUUGCAUCCAGUAGAAUUGCCAAUACGCCUACACCACCACCACCAGCACCACCAUCACCAUCAUCAUUAAAACCCAAGACGAUGAGUAAAUCAUUUAAUUUUGUGGAAACCGUCAAUAUCAACACGAGCAAGUUCGUACAACGCCCUGCACCAGCAAAUGGGUUACCGCCUCCGCGUUUACCUUGUAUACAAUUGCCGCCAUUGAAUAAUAACACCGUUACAGCAACUGAUACAGCCUCCAUCAGGAUAGCAAAUGUUAGUACCAGUAAUAUGGAGAGGCCUGGUGUGAUUUUACCAUCGAUCCAACCACAACCAUCCACUUCUUCGAAAAGACAAACCUUAUUUUUAGGCAACCUAUUGAACAAUGAUUAUAGUGCACACACAACAAAGUCCCUUACUCCACAACAAACAUGGUCAUCAGCUGCACCAAGUAUAUCCCUGUUGAGUAAUGUGGCGGUUGCUUCUUCCGUUAACACUCCUAAUGGAACCCCUGCUUCUGUCAAUAUUCCGGCACGAACAUUUUCCGGACAACCACCAAGACUAAGUUUUUUAAGCAAUUUAUUGAAUCCCGUGAAUGAUACUUCUGUCACUACAACUUCUCCUUUAUCAGCAAAUAAUGCUAAUGUGGUUGCAAUUAACCAUAAUAUCCAAAAUAAUAUUGUAAGUGACAAUAACGAUGCCAAUAGCGACGCUAAUAAUGUUUCACAGGAAAAUAAAAUUGUUAACCAAAAUUCAAGCUUACAAAGACCUAAUUUGCUAAUGAAACCACAUCAUUCUUUUUCAUCUUCUCUUGAUGAAAAUGUAUGUACAUCAUCAGUCGUGGAAAUUAACGCUGCAAGACAACACCAUAAUAUAUCACCGCCAACCGGUUCCAAAAAAGAUGAGGUAGCAGCAUUAAAUUCAGAUUUUAUAAGUUUUGAAAAAAAUCCUUUGGCUGCUUUGGCAGCAAUUGCAUCAGCACCAGAGACAAUGAGCUCCUUAUUACCGGAGAAUAAGGCCAAUGAGAAGGCUUCUCAUGGUAAUGAUAACGCUAUCAUUAAAGGGGAGCCAAAACAAUGA